CCAAGCACCUGGAAUGACAACCGUAGCUUGUUAGCUUGAGUGCUACAGGGACUUCUGGGGGCCCCUUAAAAUUCGGGGUCCCUGAAUCCUUCCUAGUAAUCUUGCUAGGUGAUGAGUUCAGUUAUUUGUUGUCAUAAAAAUGACUCUGAAACUGUUCAGCUGCUCUGAAAAUGUAGAUUAGCUUCACUUUGAAGCUACUUGCAGAUAGCAGCUAACAGCUAGCAUAGCAGUUUGAAUCAAACCAAACAAACCCUGCUUCAAAAGUUCAAUUGGAAACAAUUUACUUUGAAAAUGUAGUUGGGCUCUGACAAGGACUACGUGUUCAGCGGCUAACAGCUAGUUAGCGCUAGUGGCUAGCAGGUAGCGGUGGCGCGGGGCUAAGUCCGGGCAGAGCAGGGGUGCGAUGGAGUACCACUCCGGUGGCAGCCUGCCCCUGCUGGGGAGACCGCGGUACUGCCCCGGGGCCAACGCUAACGGAGGAUACCUGUGUGAGACGGGACACUGCUGCGGAGAGACCGGCUGCUGCACCUACUACUACGAGCUCUGGUGGUUCUGGCUGUUGUGGACCGUCCUCAUCCUGUUCAGCUGCUGUUGUGCUUACCGACACCGUCGAGCCAAACUGAGAGUCCAGCAGCAGCAGAGACAGCGAGAGAUCAGCCUGCUUGCCUACCAUGGAGCCAACUCAUAUCCCUCCUCCAUGCUGGACCUCAGUUUCCUAGCUUCUCUGAAGCUGCCGUCCUAUGAGGAGGUGGCAGCUCAGCCUUCCACCCCACCUCCCCCCUACAGCUCUGUGUUCACCACCCCACGAUACCCACAGCCCCCCCGCGCCGCUGACCCCCACCUGCUCACGCAGCAUGGCCCGCUGCUGCACAGGCCACUCAGCGACGGGCCCUCCUCCCUCAGCUCCGACAACAGCUCCAGUUGUUCCUGCGACUCCUGCUGCCCCUCCUCUCCGUGUAGCUCCUCCCUAUCAGCACCUGUCACCUACGAGACUGACACGAGCCACGCCUCCACGCCAAGCGAAGCUGCGCCCCUCACUCUUGAUGUCACCAUGGAGACCAUUGCUGCUGCAGCAACCUGCUUGGAGGUAAAUGAGACACGUUUUGCUUCUGAGAGGAUGGUUGCCACUGUGGCCAUUGACAUUGAGGAUGCAGAUGCUGCAAGAGGACAAGAACCAAGUGCCACGGAUUCAUCGGUUCCCAACCAGACUGUUACUGUAGCUGUAGUUACCAGGGCAGCUUCCCCACAGUCUCUGGCCUCUCCUGGUUCAGAGGUGGUUCUUCCUGUUGGAUCUACAUCUCCCAUAAAGCAACAGCUUGACCUAUCACCAUGUUCCUCGAUAGUCAGCGCCUGUAGCCCAAGUACACAUCCUGAUCUAACUAUUGUUAACACAAUAGUCCCCUCCAUCCAGAUAAUGAGCACUGAGGGCUCAGCUGAGGGCUCCACAUCAGGCCCCUCUACGCCAACAACUACCAUUUCUAAGAGCCUUACAGCCACCCAAACCCUUGAAACCCUCAAUCUAACAAGAACUUUUGAUACAGCUAAUAUCCCUAGUAGCCCAACCUCAGUGCCAUCCCCAGGAGAUGGCAGAACUUUGACCCUGAUUACAGGCUCUGCUGGUGUCCCAACCCAUGACCCAAAUCCUAGCCUUGUGCCAAUCCCAGCACCUUCAAACCUUACCCAAGCUUCAGUCCCAGUGCCUACAAACCAUACCCCGGCUCCAGAUCCUGUACUGUCAAACCUUUCCCAAGCGCCAGACCCAGCACCUUCAAACCUUACCCAAGCUUCAGUCCCAGUGCCUACAAACCUUACUCAAACUUCAAUCCCAGUACUGUCAAACCUUACCCAAGCUUCAGUCCCAGUGCCUACAAACCUUACCCCAGCUCCAGGCCCAGUACCGACAGACUUUACCCAAGCUUCAGACCCAGUACAGUCAAACCAUACCCAAGCUUCAGUCCCAAUACCGACAGACCUUACCCAAGCUCCAGACCCAGUAUCUUCAAACCUUACCCUAGUGCCAAACUCAUUACCUAAAAUCAACCUAAUUCCAGAUACCACACCUAGCCCUAUUCUAAGUCCAAAAACUGCACAUUCAAACAUUACCCUAGCUACAGAUACAGCACCUAAUUCACCUAUAUUGUCCCCAUGCCAGAACCCAGAACUGUCUCCUGGGUCAAGUCUAACCCUGGUUCCCCCUAGCCCAAGGUCAAGCUUGCCCCAACACCCAGAGGCUGUUGCUGUUCUUGUAUCUUGUCUACAUCAGGCUGUUGUACCAGCCAAUUCAGGUCCUUCUCUGGUCCUGUCUCAAUCUCCAGAGUCUGACCUUAUCAGUCAAGUGCCAUCAGAUGUCCAGGCUAGUUUUAGUCCUGGCUCUGGAUCUGGUGUUGGUUCUAGAUCAGUUCCUUUGUCUUCUCCUACCCCAACACCUGCAUCCUCCUCCCCCUCUUCCUUAUGCCCAGCCAUAACCAUAGAGUCUGCAUCUUCUUUUGCUCCCACUCAGUCUCCCCGUGCAGGACUUUCCCCAUCCUCACCACAAUCCCUUCCCAUUCAUCCUUCCCUCCCCUCCCCUUCAGCCCUGACCUCCACCUCUUUACCAGCUCCUGCUUUACUCCUGGACCCCCUUACUGCUCUGCACCAGUCCGAAAAAGGUGGAUCCUCCUCUGGCCACACUUCCUCCCUCUCCCCGUCUCCUCGUGCUACUCAGUCCCCACCAAAACAGACUCUCUUCUCCCCAUGUGUUGACAUCUUUGAACCAGGACCUCCCAGCUGGGAGGAGGGAGAAGAAGACCAGGAGGUGGGGGAGAAUGAGGAUGAUGAAGAGGAGGACAUGGGAGCCGAUGAGAGUCAGUAUAGACACCGCCGAUUAACCGGUGACUCUGGGAUUGAGGUGUGCAGGUGUCGGGUGGAAGAGGAGGAUGAAGAGGACGAAGAGGAGGAGGAGGUGGAAGAGAAGGAGGAUGACAGGAGAGGAGGGGUAGCGGAGAGGGAUAAAAAAGGAAGUGGAAACACUGAUCUUCAUGACAGUGUGGACUGCCCUGCCAGAGGUCAGAUUACCACAGGGGAAGGACUCACACUGUGUAACCCCACCUCCACCACUACGCCAACGUCUGAAGAAAGUGCUGAAGUCGUCAUUGUCAUGGAGAGAGUGUGAUUUACAAAAGUGGGCAGUUCAAUCCAUCCAGACAAGGGAUGAACAGGAAGUGAAAGGUGGCUUCCACUCUUAAAACUGUUUUUGAAGAUCGUUCUGUCUGGGGUGGAUAUGAAUGCAUAUGGUCCUGAUUUUGGAGCUAAGUCACAUUAAUAAAUGUCACUUGUUCAACAGCUGUUAGUCAGACCAGCACAAGUAUAGGAUGUUUCCUAGGUUGCGAUGCAACAGAAGGCAUUAGCUCAUUACUACGUGGUUUCUUCAAGUAUGAGAUGGACUUUUAAUCAGCCAUGGGUCCAAGUGUCUGCAUGGCGAGUACUUGUGUGAUUUAAUAAGAGGAGAAGCAUCUACUGAGAUUGUGUCCGGGGUUGGCAAAGUUUAACAACUACUGCACUACAGGAUAUCAAGAAAAACAGGACCCUUUCCCCAUUUUGAUUCCAACAUAAGUUUUACAGUUGUCUCAAAAAACAUUUAGCAAUCCGCCAUCAUAUA